GGAGUGAACUGUGCAUGUAAAUUGUAAGAUGAGCGGCGUGACAUGGUUUCUACUUUGUGAUAAAACGGGAGAAACAUGCUGAAUGUAGCGGAGAAAAAGUAAAACCGAAGUAUCGAUACUAUCAAUAUUUGGAUCGAUCCGCCCAUCCCUAGUAAUAAGGUAUGUGUGUGAGACUGUGUGUGUGAAAGCAUGUUAGUUCACACACACUUCUGCCCAGACGAAGGACGGAAGGAGCUGUAAACGGCAGCCAUGUUCAUACUAAUCUGCCGCUAUAACCGGGUGUUAGCCUACCCAGGUGAUGACGUCACACUGUCCUCUUACCUCUCACCUGAAACCAGUGCUGUACCCAUGGAGAUCAGGUGGUUUCGAGAAAAUGAAUGCAUUUACCAAUAUAAAAAUGGGCAGGUGAGUGUAGGCAGAGGGUACGAGGGUCGAAUGAGCAUGUUCACACAGGAGCUGGCAAAGGGAAAUGUGUCUCUGGUUCUGAAAGGCGUCAGACAAAUGGACACAGGAGUCUACAUCUGUCAAGUCCUUACUGGCCAAAACAAGGUGGAAAAGUCUAUACGUUUAUGUAUGUCAGGAAUGGAACCAACUUCACCUGAUAGCCCGGGGACAAUGAUCACAGAAAAGAAAAAUCUGGAGAUGGAGGAAUCUAUCCAACUAAUUGAGUUGAAGAAAUUGUUGCAAGUCAAAGAGAAAAAGCUUGAAGAUAAAACAAAGGAGUUGGAAAUCAUGAGUGAAAUGCUAAAUAGUAAUGCAAGUCUCCUGCAUUAUAAAGACUCGGAUCUGGAAACCAUGAGUAACCUAGCUCAUGAGAAGGAUGAACGUAUGAAGACCAUGUACAGUGCUCUGAAAAUGUAUAAAAGCGAACUUGAGAUGCUGGGAAAGAAAUUGCAGGAGAAGAAUAACCAGAUCCAGCAGCUGUCACUCACUCAAUCAACAGUUACAGGGAAGUUAAAUAGCACAGAUCCUGACAUCAUCGACACUGAGGAAUCUGUCCAGGUCCUUGAGUUGAAGAAAUUAUUGCAGAACAAAACAAGGGAGCUUGACCAUAAAACUAAGGCAUUGGAUACCACAACGAAAGAACUGGGAAGGAUGGCAAGUCUUCUUCAGAAUGCAGACACAGAUGUGCAGUACGAACGGGAAGAACGUAUGAGGAUGAUGUUCAGUGAGCUGGAACUAUGCAAAAGAGAACUGAGGAGACUGGGGCAGAACCUUCAGGAAAGAAACAAUCAGGUCCAGCAGCUUACAGUGAUUCUGCAGGAUAAAGAACAAAAACUGGAGGAAAGUCUGAAUACAGCAAACGGAGGAAGUUCCAACAUGUUGCUUUAUUACCAACAUUUUGUGUCUGAAUUUCUUAAGAAUAGUGAAGAUAUGCUUACCAAAAUGUACCAGAACCCAAAGAACCAGCUGGAGGAUAUUGAGAAAUGGAUUUUACAAAAAAGGGAGGAGAAACAAAUGAUGGAGGAGCAGCAGAGCAUUGCAGGGUUGGAAAAAGAGUUUUUUAACAAUGUCACGAUGAUAAAACAACAAAUUGAGACAGAACAUGGAAAGAUGGUGGCUUUAGCAAAGUGGAUGGCUAAACUAAAGAAUGAGUACGAACAUGCAGAGACUGACGAGGAGAGACGAGCCUUGGGUGUGCAGCUAAAAGAAGCUUAUGAAAUCUACAAGCAAAGAGAAGAACAGAUAGAAAGUCUGACCAAAAAAAUAGACAAACAGAGAAAUGGAAUUGAGGAAAGACACAGGCAGGUGAUCCAGAUGAUCAGGGAGAAGUAUGAAACCGUGUCCAAAAUUGAGGCUGAGACCAACAUCCUAAAAAUAAUCCUUCCUGAUGUACAGAUCUAUUUUAGGAAUAUCACAGCAAAUCUGAGGAGCUUCUUGGAGAAGCAGGCAGAUAGCUCGGCUACAGAAAGUCAAACUUCAGAUCACACAGAUGAGAAUGUUCAAACUGAGACGAAUGAAGCCACAGUGAUGGAAAUGAAAGAGAAGCUAGACAAGAAAGAAUAUGUGACGGUUCAGGUUAUCCACCAGACAUCUAAAGCAGAACCAUCCAUUAAAGUUAGUCAGGAAAUAAAUAAUAAUUGUGAUGAAACACACAUGUUUAAAGAGGUUAGAGCAAAAGGAGUAGUAUUUGUAAAUGAGGACACAGAUUCAGAAUAUGAGAGCUCAAAUCUGAGGAGUUGGCACAGAACGGUGAAUGGAGUGAUACUUGAGGAGGAUGAAGGAGAACAAGAGGAACAGGAAUAGGGAGGAAAGUUGAGGAAGCAUGUUUAGACAGGUAAGGUGAACAUGGGUCCUGAUUCCUGUUUUGCUCUAUCAGCUUUGAAUUAAAAAAAAAAUACUGUAAGACUAAUGCUAACUGACUUCUGUCGAAAUGAUUGUAAUUAUGAGAUGAAACUCCAACACACCCAUGACAUACUGUUGGGGUACUAUAUUUUGUCAAUAAACGAUAUAAUGGCUGUCAUUA